UCUCCUUGACGGCUCGUCACGUCAUUCAAAUUUCAAACCUCAGUGAUAUUACCAGUCUUAGACGGGGCGAGACGAGUUGCAAUCCCUUGCAUUUAGGGUGUGAUGGGUCGUUGUUGGAAUUUGGCAGAUUGAUGGUUUGAUGCUCGCGGCUCCUUAACCCUGCUCCGAUUGCAGAUACUUGCCAUGUCUUGAUGAGGAUUGCGUGGGCGAGGAGAGGAUUGUAUGAGUCUGAGGAUCGGCUCUGAGUGUGGGAUCAGUCUGUAGGAUUUAGCAGCCAUAACAAGAAGGGAGAGGGUAAUGGGAGAUAAUGGAAGAGCGGAUGCUCGGCCUCGGAGAGAAGCGAAGUCCGCUGUUCGGCAUUCAAAAGCUGAACUUCUUCAAGCUAUUGCAGCUCGUCGCCAAGCUCAGCUUCUCCGCAGCAUUAAUACACCCUCUCGACGCCCAGACGAAGUUCUAAAUGAGAAUGGCAAGCAUUUUUAUGCCGAGGCUAGGAAGGCUGCAUCCAUGAUUCUUCCAGAAUCGUCCGAUGCGAGCGAAUUGAGUGGGGAUGAUGUUGACGAAUCAGACAGCAGUACCUCUCCUGCAGGUUCAAGUUACUCCAACUAUGUUAGUGAUGGGCGAGGAUCGUCUGAUCAGAGAUUGAAUCGAAAGAACUCUUCUUCUGGAGCUACAGCAGUGGAAGACCUGAGCUCUGUCCUUGAUCAGAUAAGUUUAAAAGACGAGAGUGGAGGUCAUAGCGUCGAUAGAUCAAGAUUGGUGGAGAAGCAGUUCGAAAGAAAGCCGAAGGACCUCAUUUUGAAUAUAAGGAAACAAAUGGCCAGCAAGUCAACGAUUGUUGACUUGGAGACUGACUCCGAAGACGAGAGCUUUGCUAGCCUAGACCCCGCAGCUUCCUCUCCUUCUGUAGAUUAUACCUCAGCUGAUGACGGUGAUGUGGACUCUCCUUUUGUAUCGAAAACCAAGUCGAAAAUUAAUCAACCGGGUGUGCUGUCAAAGACCUUUCCAUCCUGGACCACUCAGUUUCACCGCUCCUCUAACUAUGAUGAUUAUCAUAACGAUGACGACGACGCGGCAUUCGUAUCACCUCCAAAGAUUGAGAGAAGGGCAACAGCAGUAACAUCUGGGCUACAGUCUCCGCCAGCUACUCAUACUAGCAACGAGGGUGAUAGAGCAGAUAAUGAAGAAAAGGAUAUGGUGUUGAUUAAAGGAAAGCAUCGAUUCACUCUCAGGGCGAAAAUUGCAAACAUGCUAUACCCACAUCAACGCAAAGGACUAGAAUGGUUCUGGAGUCUGCACACUAAAGGGAUGGGCGGUAUCCUCGGUGAUGACAUGGGACUUGGUAAAACCCUGCAGGUCGCUUCAUUCCUUGCUGGACUUUUCUGUACCCAAAACAUCAAAUGUGCUCUUAUUGUCGCUCCGAAGACGCUUAUUGCACAUUGGGUGAAAGAGCUCAAGGUGGUUGGGCUCUCUCGCAAAACGCAAGAUUAUUCGGGUACGUCCGUUAAAGUACGCGAAUCUGCUCUAUCACACGUCUUACAAAUGGGAGGAGUAUUGCUCACAACCUACGACAUGGUCCGCUGCAACUUCAAGGCUCUUAGAGGAGAUUACAAUGGAAGAGAUGGAUUCGGAGACGCAAGUGAUGACAUCAUUACUUGGGACUACAUAAUUCUAGACGAGGGUCAUCUUGUGAAAAAUCCGAACACUCAGCGUGCCAAAAGCUUGAGAGCCAUUCCUGCUGCCCAUCGCAUUGUUAUAAGUGGCACUCCGAUCCAGAAUCAUCUUCAGGAAAUGUGGGCACUUUUCGAUUUCUGCUGCCCCAACCUUCUCGGAGAUCGGAAAGAGUUUAGGGAGAAGUACGAGCGCCAAAUCCUGGCUGGGACCGACAAGAAUGCGUCUGAUCGACAAAAACGAAUUGGAAUACAAGUUGCAGAGGAGUUAAGACAAAAGUUCGCUCCCUACUUCCUUCGCCGUCUGAAAAGUGAAGUCUUCCCGGAAUCGAACAAUCUAGAGGAAAGAAAAUUAUCUAAGAAGAAUGACCUCAUCGUCUGGCUGCCCCUGUCUAAAUGCCAGGAGAGAUUAUAUCGGGCUUUCUUGAACAGUAAUGCAGCUGAAGAAACACUGAGUACGGGGACAAGAGUUCUCUCCGCCCUUACAGUGAUGAAGAAGAUUUGCGAUCAUCCAUCAUUGCUCACAAAAAGGGCUGCAAUUGACAUCGCCGAAGGCAUGGAAGGCUACUUGGACGGUGAAGAUAUUCAAGCUGCUGAAGCCAUGACUCGUUCAUUAGCUGGCAUGGUUGAGGAUGAUCGCGUGCACGGUGCUUCUUGCAAGAUCGAUUUCCUCAUGGCCUUACUAGAAAACCUAGUUACCGAAGGCCAUCGCACUCUCAUAUUUGCCCAAACUCGGAAGAUGCUGGACAUUAUUCAGGAUGAAAUUCUUGAUAGAGGAUGGAUUUUCAGACGUAUUGACGGCACCAUCAAGGCAGCUGAUCGAGAACAAUGUGUGCAAGAAUUCCAAUCUGAUAACGACAUACCGCUCUUCUUGUUGACAUCUCAAGUCGGAGGCUUAGGACUUACACUAACUGGAGCCAACAGGGUGGUGAUUGUUGACCCUGCCUGGAACCCAAGUACUGACAACCAGAGUGUUGAUCGAGCUUACCGUAUUGGUCAGAAGAAGAAUGUUGUUGUUUAUCGGCUCAUGACAUGUGGAACUAUUGAAGAAAAGAUAUACCGCAAGCAAGUUUUCAAGGGUCACCUUAUGAAAGUAGCUACGGAAAAAAAGAAUCAAAUGCGAUAUUUCUCGCAAGGGGAACUAGGAGAAAUGUUUAAAGUACCUGAAGCAGGCUUUAGGGUGUCUUUAACUCAACAGCAGCUCCACAAGGAGCAUUUCAGGCAGUAUAAGAUAGAUGAAGAGCUGGGGGAGCACAUUCACUUUCUAGCGGAGUUGGGCAUUGCUGGGGUAAGCCACCAUGAUCUUCUGUUUACUAAAGCAGAACCAUUGCCUCCACCUGGGUAUGACGAGGAUGAAGACCUGAAAGCUUCCUGGGAACCUAGGAAUUCUUCAUAUGUGGAGCAGCAUUUUAAAGCAGCCUCGAAGUCUGAAAAAUAUGUUCAGGAAACUUCACAGGCCGUUGGGCGAAGUAUUUUGUCAAGAAGUGCUCCCAAGGGUUUACAACCCCGUAGUAAUGCGAAUGACAAUUUGCUUAAGGUGCAAUUUUUGAGGAGCAAGUUAGAACGGCUUUAUAGAACUCUUGAUGAUAAGGCACUGCUUUCGAGGGUGCAAGUUCAUGGAACUAGCUUGGACAAGAAGAUUAAUGAAACUGAGCAUGAUCUCAGAGAGGCUGAGCUGAUUGCUGGCAAUAAGGAGAACAUCGCCGUGCAAUGGCAAUCUCUGUCGGUCGUUCGAACUCCUGUUGUCGACUUGUCCGAGGACAAACCCUGUAUAGUUUUAGACAGUCCCGAGGUUAUUACUCAACGACCCAAACCACUUGGGAUAAACAAUAAUUUAGUUAAAGUCUCGCCUCUUCCUGAUAAAAAAUUCUCCUCUCUUCAGACUCCCCCGACUGUACGUGGAGUAAAAUCCAUGGUUGAACUACCUAAUUGGAGCUUGCUCAGUGACUCUCCGGCUACAAGCCAUGGCUCACCAGCGCCCACAAGCAGGUUAGAUAUUGAGGACAUGUCAGAAGCAUUGAGUUGACUCAAGCUGCGUCUGCAAUAAUUCCUGCUUCUGCUCCUGGAGAUUGUUGAUAUGGUAGUCAGACUGUUCUGUAAUAUAUUUGAUCAUAGGCUGCUAAUUACCCAAAUUAUUGUGAGUGAAUUCAUCAGUGCAAAUUUUUCGUUUUUCAUUUGCGUGCAA